AUGAAUGAUGGUAGACAAAUGGGGGUGCAUUAUAUGGAUGGUGGUGGUUUUCCUUAUGCUGUUAAUGAGAACUUUGUGGAUUUCUUUCAAGGGAUUAAUCAUGUUCCUGUCAAUUAUGGAUUUCCUGGCUCAAUGCCUGAUCAGGAUAAUGUCUACUGGUCAAUGAACAUGAGUCCCUAUAAGUUUGGAAUGUCUGGCCCUGGAAGUACAUCUUAUUAUAGUUCUUAUGAGGUAAAUGAUCAUUUGCCAAGAAUGGAGAACAACAGGGUCGAGUGGGAAUACCCUUCUGAAGUGAUCUCUGAGGAACCAGCUUCAUCAGAUUCUCCGCCUAGAAGAGAUGGAGUUAGCAUGCAGACUAUCCCUGAAGAAUGUAGUCCCAAUCAUCAAGAGUCCAGUAGUAGCCAGGUCAUAUGGCAAGACAACAUUGAUCCCGACAAUAUGACUUAUGAGGUGCAGGAACUUCUGGACCUAGGGGAAGCAGUUGGAACUCAAAGCCGAGGUCUUUCCCAAGAACUUAUUGAUACACUUCCAACCUCGAAAUACAAAUUCGGUAGCUUAUUCAAAAGAAAAAAUUCUGGAAAAAGGUGUGUAAUUUGCCAGAUGACAUACAGAAGAGGCGACCAGCAAAUGAAAUUGCCAUGCAGCCAUGUUUAUCACGGCGAAUGCAUUACCAAAUGGCUUAGCAUUAACAAGAAAUGUCCUGUCUGCAACACUGAGGUUUUUGGCGAGGAAUCAACACAGUAG